UCACCCGGGGUGCCUGUCGCCAGUAUCACCACAACUCUCCCCACCAUCUGUUCUACCAACACCCACCCGCGGCGCCCCUGAGGCUAAGUCCUCCUCCAGGUCCACCAGCGUACUCCAGGAUACCAGUGAGCAGAGCCACUGUUAACAGUCGGCUGGCCACGCACCACUGAGGAUAGAACCAGUGUACAAGCGUUCGACACGAUGGUGAUGGAGGUGUCUUCAGUCGACUUUGAGGUCUUCGGCAAAGUCCAGGGCUGCAACUUCAUCAAGGUGGCCAAGGACAAAGCAGACAGUCUGGGCAUCACUGGCUGGAUUAAGAACAACAAAACCGGCACCGUUGGUGGCCGCCUCCAGGGUCCCAAAGGCCACGUGGAGCAGAUGGUUAAGUGGUUGAGCGAGGAAGGUUCUCCUGGAUGCAAGAUUGAACGCUGCCAACUAACCAACCAACAGGCCAUCAUCCGUCCUGACUAUCCUAAGUUCAGCCUCAAAUUCUAAAUUUGGUUUUAUUUUUACAUUUCAUAACCACCCAAUCGUCAGCAUAUUUUUAGUAUCAGCAAACACUUAUUUAAAGGAGCAUGUAGUUCAUGUGAUACAGUAUUAAAUAACACGACAGCACCCAAGAGCAGGAAUGUUUCUAUUCACCAGGUCACCGGGUACCGUACUGGAGCUUCACCCUCCACUCUUGUGCUUCUACAUUACAUGGCAUCUGUCAAUCAUCAAUAAAGGAGGAAAUGUAAACUUCUGUCAUAGUCAAACAAGAUAAAGAGCAAUGCAUAUUAUGCAGUUAGUUCAAUUUAUAAUAGUGUAUAGUAUACAUUUAUCAUAAUUUAUAUUUUACAACCGAGUUUUUAUUAAUCUGGUUAAAAUCACAUUUUUUUAUUCAAUUUCGUAUUAUGCCAUCAUUGCCAAUCACCAGAUAGGAAUGAAAUGUAUGGAAUCGUAUAAGUACCAGCCCAUUUUAUAUUCCCAAGUAAAAAGCUGGGAAAAGAAGUACCAAACUUUGCAAGGAAAGAAUAGUGUAUGCAAGAAUACUACAAAUCUGGCUUCAAUUUCAGUUUAGAAGUACAGUAUGUAUACCACAAGAGUUCAUUACUGUAGUUAAUUUAAUAUGGGGCCCUAUACACAUUCUGUAGAUGAUGACAGAAAGAUCAGUCAUAUAUUGGAUUCAUGACAUACAAAACACUCAUUACUUUUAAUUAAAAUACUUGGAUUAAUAUUUUAUAGUACAGUAUACAUAACCAGUGUAAUAAAUUUAAAUAUCUUAGGUCAGCUUAACAUAAAUAAUUAAUUAUACAUACUGUACAGUAUGUUAAUUUUUAAAUAUUAGUAGUGUACUGUACAAACAUGGCAGAUUCUGCAUGUUGCUCCUUUCAAUGCCAUAUGUUUACCAUUAUAAUUCUUAUUUCAGAACAUUUUGCACGUCCAUUCAUUAUGGAAGGAAAACAAAAAAAUAUUCACCAAUUUCCAUCUAAUAUUAUCAUAGAAGUACUGUAUGAGUGUCAAAGUGAAUUAACUGCUUACAAGCAACAUAUGACAUAAGCACCAUAAUUAUUCUCUCUUGUUCCUAUUCCCAGUAACAACUAUCAUGCCAAGUUGAUUUUUGCUUAUCUAUGAAUUUAAUUGGGUUACAAUUAAAAAAAAUAUAUUUCCAACUUUACCAAUGUUCCUUCAUUUAUGUUUCACGUCUGUCCACCACAUCAAGUUCUGUAUUGUAGUAUGUAAUUUAUUAUUUUUUCUUGUCUUUCCUAACCCUGUGUUCAUGUUAUGUACGUAGUCACUCCAAAUCUAUCAUUAUUUGGGUUUGAAUUUCAUAGCUUCAUAAAAGAAUGAGCAAAUAUAGUGCACAAUAAAUUAAAAUCUUCACCUGAAGCUUAUACACAAGGAUGGACAGUAUGAAAUAGCUGUUGUCACUAACAUGCUUUCAAAAUCUUUAUUAGCAACAGAACGUUUAUUACAGAUACCUUUGCAACUUUUCAGUUCAUCCUUAUGUUCCGCUAAUCAUGUCUAGGAGUCCAUCUUAGUAGUGUUGAGCAGCAGCUGUGUAUCGGGUAAUGCUUACAAGUUCUCUAUUUUCAUUUUAUCUUUAAAUCAUUUUACUUAAAACAAAUUUAACUUGCUUUGAUGCAUAAAUUUAUUUCUGGAAAAGUAGUUCUUAAAACUGAUAAUGAAUGAAGCACUCUGAAUGGCAUAAAUUGUAAGUGAAAAGAUUAUCCAUCUACACAGGCUUUUGCUAAUAACUCUUCUGAAACCAUUUAUACAUAAUAUUAUGAACUGCCAUAAUUCAUGUUAAUAAUAAAUGUGUAAAUUUAAGAAAUAUGAAUUAAUGCUCAAAAUGAACAAAACUGCCAACAGUUUCAAUAAAUUGGUAAUACUGUAUUUGUAUCAUGAUACAGUAGCCGUGUGGUCGUGCUUCAUCACUAUGCCACCCAACUGUUUAGUUACUAGCACAGUCAUAAGUGAUAUAAACCACAUCAUAUGAUGACGUGGUUUUAACGCCAUCUCAUAAUACGAUAAUUAACUACAUACAAAUAGAAGCAAAUGAAUAAGAGCUUUCAAUGUGUGUUUUCCGAGGUCAUGAUUGUAGUCAUCUGUGAUGGUGAUUCUAAGACUGCAAGUUUUGUGUUUGUUAAAUAUUUAUUUUUGGUUUAUAAAAUAAAGAUUAUACCUCA